AUGAGUUUUUCAGAGAGUCUUCAUGAUAAGUUUGAUAUAGUUCAUAAGCAUGCUUUAGAAGGUCGAAAAGGUGGAGAAGAAUUUAUUCAGCUGCUAAGAGAAAGAGUGCUUUUAGAGGAAGCUUAUUCAAAAGGAUUAGACAGACUUGGCACUCACCCAUUUCGAGUCGCUACAAAAGGAACAUUAUCGGGCGAGACUGGGAAAAAUUCACUUUUAUUUUACCACCUAAUUUUUAUGACAUAAAAUGACGGUAAAAACCAUUUAGACUUUUUUAGGGUGGAAAAAAAUACCAGUAAGAUAAAAGAUGGUGGAAAAAAACGACAGUGAAUUUUUUCUGCCUCGCUCACAUUAUCCCAUGCCAUAGAAGCCAUGAAAGGAGACUGCUUAAAUCGAGCUUCACAGUCAAAAUCAUAUAUUGAUAAUGUCACCAGUGACCUUAUUGACCCUUUGAAGGACUUAUUAAACACUCAAAGAUUAUCAAUUAAAAAAAUGAGCACAGAAGGAAAAAGACUUGAAAAGGAAAAGCUCCUAAUGCAAGAUAAAAUCGAAAAAUCACAUAGCAAAUACAUUAAAGCUUGCGCCGAAUGUGAGCAGCUGACAGUUCAAUUAGACCAGCCUUCUUCUAUCACAAGAAGUGGGAAAUUAAUACAGAAAUUAUACACAGCUAAGCAAGAACUUGAUUCUAGCUUAAUUCAGCACGUGGAAUCAAUAGAUUCUUUCAAUGAAUUUUAUCCAAAAUACUGUGAUACAAUGGCAAUGGUACUAGAAGUUUAUCAAAAUCAAGAAGAACAAAGACUUGAGUCAAUGAAAGAUGCUUUAAGAAAAUUAGUUGUAUAUGAGGCUUCGUAUAUAAGAAACAUCCAAUAUGAUAUAGACUCACUUGCUAAAGCUAUGGAAAGUAUCAAUCCAAUAGUUGACUUAAAAGAAUUUAUUGAUGACAAUGUGUCAGAGAACCCAAAAGCUUUUAAAUAUGUUUUUCAGCCAUAUGAAAGCAACCAUCCUUCAUUUAAAGGAGGUGACAGUAGGAUGUUUUCUAUCAAAAACCCAUUCAUAGAGCUUUCAGCUGAAACUAAAGAACUUUAUAAGCAAGAAAUUGAAGAAAUUAUUUCUAAAUCAUGAGCAGGGGAUGCUAAUAAAAGUGAUCUGCAAAGAUUUGGAGAUAUAAUUAAAUAUCCAGUAUGCAGAGAGACAUUUUGCAAUAGCAUAAGUCAAAGGAAAACUCCAAACACAACUUCUUUAUCUGAGCCUGGAUUUAUUCAAAUGGGUGAAUUAAUGCUACUGACACUUAAUGAGUGUAAAAAUUAUGACGAUAUCAAAAGUGUUAGGAGCAUUAUUUAUCUUUCGCAAUCAUUUCAUAAAGAUACAGAAGGCCCAGCUUACCAAUGAGAAUACUUGCAGACCUUAAUUAAAUCACAUUCAGUGUGAUCAAGUAUGGAAUUUUGGGAAAGAAUCAUUCAGAGUUCAAUUGAUGAGGAUAUUAAAAAUUAUGAAGAUUAUGGGAUUGUUGAUGGAGGAGAAAACGAAGAAGAAACUGGCGAGAGACUGAAAAAUAUCGUUUUUUGCCAAUUGGGAGCGUUUGGACAUAUAAUGGUUGGGUUUGAAGUAGAUACAAUGUAUGCAGCUGAGCUUGUGUCAAAAUAUGCUUGCAGGUAUCAAUUACCAAGUAGAGAUAUAGAUACAUUAAUGGCAACUAUCGAUAAAGAUUAUAAACGCCAGGAUGAUGCAUUUGAAGAGCCAGCUCAUGAAGUGCUGCGAGGUGUUCCAGAUUGAUUACAAGAACUUGAAAUGCCAGUCUCGAUGAAAAGGACAAAUAAUUUGAUACUAAGUGAAGGUUCAAAGAAACCAACUGUAGAAACUCAAUUAACAGAACAAGUUUCGCAGGACAAUAAAGAAAUCGAAGUAAUAGGCAAAUCAAGUGCAGAAAAUGAAAUAGUAGAGAAGAUUGAAGAAAAGGAAUAA